ACAUAUGAGAUCGCUAUAUAAGACUUUGCAGACUCAGUUUGCUCUCAUUUCGACUGACGCUUAACUUUGGCAAAGUACACCUCAAUAAAUUAGAUGAAAACCACAAACAUAUUUUAAGUAUAUGAUUAAACGCUAAGCAAUCAAGUUAGAAUGAAGUGGGUAAUCAUCGCAACCGCCACAUUGGCUUCAGUGUUAGCUUAUCACGACCCCGAUCUAAACUACCACCUGAGUCAAGUGCAAAAGUUACAGAAUUGUGGUGACGCUGGAUACUCCUACCCCGCGCCAGCAGUUCAACUGACGACAGCUGGAGUAAAAGUGGCAGCAGCUCCCAGUUACCAGUACUCCAAUGCUGGAUAUUCAGCAGGCGUCGCCUACCAAGCCGUAGCACCCAGCAUCACGUAUGCUGCCCAACCGGCCACAUAUCAAACCUCGUCCAUAUCACAAUCCAACUAUGCGACUGCUUCAAACGAAGUGCACGGAUAUGCAACAUCAGCUGGACUCUCCACAGUCAGUGGAGCACGAAGAACUGUUAUUCCACAAGCUACCUAUGCUCAAGCACCCAUCAUCGCCAAAGUGACAGCUGCACCUCUAAUUGCCAAAUUCGCAAUUGCUCCUGCCAAAACCACAUACGUAGCUCAAAACUCAGUGGUGCAGCAAGCGUCAUCGGCAUCGGCAGCUAAGGCAUCACUGAAUUCGUACAGCAACGUCCAAGCAGGAGGACCUGUAGUGUCUCAAGUGUACGCAGCGCCCUCUGCCGGAUAUGCUACAUCGGCGGCUUUGAGAGUCCAGCAACCUCAAGUGUUCACCCCUCAAUACUCUUCUUAUGUGGCCCCAGCAGUGACUCAAUACAAUCAAGCUGCUUCUGCGCGUGCCCAUCUCGCGCAAUACGCUACAUCAGUGUCAAACUCGGCGAGCGGUUCCCAGUACUUUAGCCCAGCUGUGGCCCAAUACUCCGCUCCUGCCGUCACUCAAUACUCUGCUCCUGCCGUCACUCAAUACUCUGCUCCUGCCGUCACUCAAUACUCUGCUCCUGCUGUCACUCAAUACUCUGCGCCAGCUUUGGCAUCAGUUGCUCAAUACUCAGCUCCGAGAACGGCAUCAGUGACACACUACUCCGCUCCUAGUGUGUCGUCAGUGACUCAUUACGCUGCACCAGCCGUGGCUAAAGUACAAGCACCUGCACCUCUCGUCCACGCUGCCCCAGCAGUCCAGUACUCAGCUCCAGUCUAUGCUCAAUACUCAGCACCAGCAGUCGCUCAGUACGCUUCAUCUGGAGCAAAUGUAGCCCAGUAUGCUACAUCCAGUGCAAACAUAGCACAUUACUCUACAUCCGGGGCAAAUGUAGCCCACUACGCGACGGCGCCCGUGGCUCAAGUAGCCACACAGGUGGCAGUGGCCGCCCCUGCAGCCAAGAUAGCAGCUCCAAUCGGCGUGAAGAACGUACACACAGAGUUUCUGGAAAAUUACGACGCUCACCCAAGAUACGCCUUCGAAUACGGAGUCAAUGAUCCUCAUACCGGCGACAUCAAGCAGCAAAAGGAGGAGCGUGAUGGUGAAGUAGUCAAGGGUCAGUAUUCUCUGGUGGAGCCCGACGGGUCGGUGCGGACCGUGGACUACGUCGCCGAUUGGAAGACCGGUUUUCACGCAGACGUCCGUAACAGCAAACAAAACCAACAUUAGAACUUAGCUGUAAAGACAAUCACCUACUUUAUCUACUGAUUAAGAUGUAAGAAUGUCUUAAAAGUCAAUUGAUCUAAGUUUUAGGCCUAUAGGUUAGUCCAACUGAAGGCAAGCAGUACCUACUAGUAUUCGAUUUUCAACACUAUUCCUUAUGUUCGAUUCUGUAGGCUCAGACAAUAGUUUAAAAAAUAGUUUUUAAAAAAUCUAGAACGUGCCCAGAACCUCUUAUGAGGCAAUUUGCGCACUUAUCUAAAAGUGAAUGUAACACUGGUUUUAAAAUUGUUUAUUAUUUUCAUACAAGAAGUAAUUUUCAAUUAGCGUUAACGGCGCAGUAUUGUAGAGAUUAAAAUCAAACACCACCAUGAUAAUUAAAUUAUCGUCUUAUUUUAAUAAAAAUUACUUAACGAUUAUUUAGCGUAGGUAUACUCGUAAGUACCUAGUUACUUACUUACAAGCGCAUAACUUUAAUUAGGUAUUCUAAAAAUCUACAUUUCUUUUGAGCCAUACCAAAUUUUAUUUGUUAUUAAGAUGUGUUUGCAAGAAAAUAAAGCCUGUUCAACAGGCUGUAAUGAUGAAAGUAAGUAAGAUUCUGAAAUUGACCAUAAUACAAUCUAGUGAUUAGGUAGGUAUGUUUUGUAAAUUAUCUUAAUAAAAAAGCUUUGUAAAAAUAGGAUUAAUGAUUUUGUAAUAAGGUGCUAUUUUUUUUUAUUUAAAUACUUAUUGAUUAAAUUGAUUACAUUAAACGAAAUAUUUUUAAGCAAAUAAUACAGUCAACAUGAGUUAUUCAGGAUCUAAAUGUUAUUAAGAAUUUUUCGUUAUUUUUACUUUAAUUACCUACUAUGGGAAUGAAGAAUGUUCACUAAUUUUGUUUUUUAGCUUUCUGUAUUCUCUGUUAAAAAUAAAAAAUACUCGUGAAAGAAUUAUUUCGAUACGUCAAUUAGUUUCCAAGAUAUUGAAUUUUAAAAGUGCGGGCGGCGGCCGGCCCGCCAUUUUAUGCGCGUGACGUCAUAUUACAGUGACUGGCUCAUAUUUGUAUGGGUGGAAUCUUGCAAACUGAAUUAAGACCCACUUCCAGGCAACCGAUUAAGCUGAAAUUUCGCAAACACAUGUGAUUUGGAUGACCAUGCAAUAUUAUGAUGACAUGGAGCUGAUCUGAUGAUGGAACUGGAAGGUGGCAAUAGGAACUCUAUAAUAAAACGACUUAAAUCCAUCGAGUUUGGGCUCGUUCGUUUUGUAUUGAUGAGUACUUUAAUUCUAUAUAAUAAUCAGGGUCUAAUGAUGGAGCUGGAAGGUAAUUCGCAAUAAAAUGACACAAUCGCAUCAAGUUUGGGUUUGGUUCAAUUUUAAUUUCUGUGAUGGGUCUGGGUGUUAAUAUGUAUAAUAAGUUUGUAUUUACAAAAAAAAUGUAUUUAAGUAUGUUUAUAUCCGUUUUCUAGUGAGCGGACACUGUGAAUGUACGUCACGCGCGGUCACGUGACCGUCGGCGGGACUCGAUAUUUUAGCGAACUUUGAAUGCCUAUAAAAUCAUAACUACUGGGUAUUUUUGAAUGAAAAAACUAAUGUAUUUGUAAAUGUAAAAGCCUAACUGUAACAUAGGUUUCAAGUGAUUUUGCAUACCUAGUAACAUUCUCAAUUGGAAGGCGCUUCACGCUGCGCUUGUCUAUAUUAAGUAUAAUUACUCAACAGUCUACAAUGUAUUUGCCAAACAUACUUUUGUUUUUCUUGUUUCAUACAGAUCUUCUGUAGGUAGUAUAAUAAUUAU